ACCCUACUCAACGAAUCUCAACAGCUCCAUCAAAACGACACUGCAUUUCGCACCGAACUCAUUUCGCCGGAAAACGCUGCCGGAGUUCGUCGUGGGCCGCCUUAAACAGAGAGAACGUUCGUCCAGGAUUUGUGCUGGAAUAAAGUUCACAAUGUAUGUUGAAUGAGCUGAUUUGCCAAUUCAGAGAGAUCUUUACUAGCCAAGAAUGAGCUUGCUUUUGAGAAUAAGACAUUGUUUACCCAAUGGUCUGUAUAGACAACCUAUUUAUGGACGCGUAGUAGGUUCGAAUGCUAGGAAAUUAAAUGUAUUAUCAAGAAACUUUGGUCAAGCGGCCAGAAAAGAGGAGGAAGAGGACCUAGAGGAAGUGGAAAUUGAUCAGAGAAGUCUCCCGGCUGAUUUUGAUCCUGCAACAUUUGAUCCCAAUGAGAAUCGCGGCCCUCCAUCAGAGAGAGUUUUCAGGCUUGUUGAUGAAGUGGCAUCUCUAACGCUAGCCGAAGCUGCAGAAUUGGGUCUCGUUCUGAUGAAGAAAAUGGGUAUAAAGGAGAUGCCUAAUGUGGGAUAUUUGAAAGCAGGGUCUGCAAAUUUGGCUGGAAUGGCAGCAAAAGCCUCGACAGCAGUCAAGGAAGAGGUAAAACCAGAAAAAACUGUAUUUGAAUUGAAACUGUUGUCCUAUGAAGCAGCUUCCAAAAUUAAAGUCAUCAAAGAGGUUCGUGGCUUUACGGAUUUAGGUUUGAAAGAGGCAAAGGAUAUAGUGGAAAAAACACCUUCUAUUAUAAAGAAAGGUGUUUCAAAGGAAGAAGGAGAACAGAUAAUAGAGAAAUUGAAAGCACUUGGUGCAAAUGUUGUUAUGGAGUGAAGUACUGUAAUGUGUUUCUUAGAGAUAUGUAUGUUUCUUCCAAUAUUCCAAAGUUACCUGAAAUUUAGUAAAUUUUGUAAUGUUGACCGUAUACUGCAAAUUUUUGUAGUGUUGUUGUCUACGUUGUUUCAAUCAUUUUCUGCUGCGAUGAAACAGUAUCCCUCCGAUGGAAUAAAAGUAACAUUGAUGCCUCUUA